AUGGGUCUUCGGCUGCCGCUGGGGCUCUGACGGUUCACUUCUUGGGGCGGCUGGCCGUCACGGUGCAGCCCGUUGGGCGGCACACGGAUAGCUGACACGGUGCUUUCUCCUCUUCCUCCCCUUUCGAAACGGUCCAUGUGCGGCCUGCCCCCGUCCGCAACACCGUCUCCUCUGCCAGAUGUGCUGUGUUUAUUGGGCGAGGGACCAGGUGACCUGACGUUACCGUCCUGCAUCCCGUGUGUUCGUUUUAGCUGUCGGGCAUUCGCUAUCAGGAACUCGAUCUGAUUAGCUCCCUCGUAGUUCACGCAGCCACGGCAAACCACCUCGCUGAAGUCCCACACCACAGUCCACGGCAUCUUUGGCAGGUCGCACAGGUAGCACCACUGGCGCCUGGAGGAGGAGGGGGACGACAUGGCUGCAGGCUAACCUGAGCGAGUUCAACGAGCCAGCUAGCUAGCUGACGUGCUAGCACACGUUAGCUCGGUUAACCUAUUUAGCUUCUGACAGGCCUGCUCUUGACUGCUGUCAACUGCUUCCCCAACGGACGGCGGGACGUUACGUAACCUUGCGAGGUGAAUUAUGGGCGUUUGAGUUUCCUAACCUUGUUUCGUCAACGCAAACCAACUCACCCAGCAUGGUAUUGGAACUACAACUAAAACUGACACGGAAGUGAGGUAAUUAAAGGUCAGAGGUCGUUCGGUGUCAACACAUGUGCGUCCGCCUUCGCCAUGAGUUUUGAGGUAGAAAACUUGUAAUUUGAGCGGUUUGUGGUUAUUUGUAAUUAUAAAAAUGCCUCGAGUGAUAUCAUCUUCAUCGAGCGAAGAAGAAGAGGACAGUUCUACAACAGAACCACGUGGAAAGCAAAAAGAACCUGAGAAGAAGACCACCACGUACCAGUGUCCUGCUGACUUUGUGCGUUUCUGCCAUAAGCCCUGCAGCAGCACUCUCUCAGAGAGUCUGGAGAGCAGCAAGGAUGAGUUGUGGCUCAUUAAAGCUCCUGCCAGCUUUAACCCAGAAUGCUUCAGCGGCGUCAAGGUGCCCGUCUCGGGUCUCCAGACACUGAAGGUUCCCAAGGCUGCAGGCGGAGCCAAGGCUGGAGGAGGCCAGCAGAUCUACAGCAUCCUGGCGUCUCCCCACGGCACCUCCGAGCUCCACCUGCUCACCAGCGCCGAGCGGUCGUCGGGCGGCGUGGUUUUCGGGCCGGCCUUUUCGGGCAUGCUGAACGUGUGCGAGAGCUACGGAAACGCCGGCGCCAACCAGGCCCCUCAGAUCAUCCCCGCGGCCCUGCCGCCCUCCAUACCGCCGGGCCUGAAGCAGCGGUUCCACCCGUUCGGCAGCAAGACCCCCACGUUGACCUGCGUGGCGGAGAGCGAGGCGGACGGGGCCGCCUUGGGGCCCUCGUCCGCGACCCUCCGACCGCUGGUCGCCAAGUGGUUCGUGGAGGAGACGUGGCAGGAUGAGGAAGGGAGGAAAAUGAAGAAAAAGAAAGAAAAGCGCAUAAAGACGGAGGGAGUGGAGGUGAAAGUGGAACCGGUAGCCCAAAUUCAAGAGGAAGCGACGACGGGGCUCCCCUUCCAGGAGUGCUACACUUCGGAGGAGAGGAGGAAAAGGAAGAAGAAAAAGAAGGACAGGGAGCGAGAGGAGGUGGAACAGGGCGUGGAGCCCAGCGUGACGAUGAAGGAGGAAGAGGUGGAGGUGAAAUUAGAACCGGAAGACGCUUCGUACGGCGACGUCGUGGAGGGCUCGGGAAGGAAGAAGAAAAAGAAGAAGAAAAGCAAAACGGACGACGACUAGCCCCGUCGUUUCUUUGUUGUUUAGUUUUGUUUAUUUUCGGGCCUCACGGGAGCCAUCUUACCACUAGUUUACUAAUGCAGGGCUUGCUUUGGCAAGGACAUCGCAUCCAGGAAAAAAAACAACCGAAAAAAAGAACACAUCCUGAACCAAUUGAGCGGUGGAUUCAUCCCAGAGUCUUUAAGGGGCCAACGUUCCUCUCUUUUCAACAUGGAGAGUGACAGUUUUACACAGAAAGAAUGUGCUGCAGCCGCCUAUGAGUCAGUCAGCGGGGAACUUCUGCGUUCUUUGCCAGUGUCUUGGCGUGUCGUGGUAUAGGUUUGAUGGGAUCACGCUCGCACACUGCGUCCGUGUGCAUAAUUACACAGCCAGGCACCGCAGCGUCGCUGGUUUGGCAGCAGGUUCAGCAAACCAGAGGCGAUCUAGUGUCACUUCAUGUUUUAGUUUUAAAGGAUCUGAGUCACAUUUAUUGGAGAACACAUGUUUCAAAAUAAACUCCAAAAUAAAUGAAAUGAAA